UUUCAGUUUGGUUUUUGUCACGGAGCUUUCACAUUGUUAGCGUUUUCGCAAAGUGCGAAGUAUAACCGACGAUAACAUAAAUUUAGCAUUUGCCUUAUUAUCCAACUUAACUCGUUCCGCAAUCGUAUGUUGAUCAUUUAUUAACUUUCUUCAAAAACUCAUUACUUAAUGCAGUUGGUACGAGAUUCUGCCAUUCAUUAAGUAAACUGAUUUCGUUUUCGCCGUACGUUUUGUUCUCCUUGAGUUGUGUUAUUUCGCAAAGUAUCUAUCAAUCUCCUAAAGGAAGAUAACCGUUUCAAAGCGGCUGUGUGCCUUGAAUUGAAAUUAAUUGACCUGAACGAGACGUGCGUACAAAAUUAUCGGAGUGCAGUGUUGUGAAUGAUAGCGUGAAUCGACGUUAUAUUUUGUCUGAACUUUCUUUAAAUUAGCGGGCGAAGAAUGCGCCCAAACAUUCGAGGACAAAAAUGUGGAAGCACCUCUUCUUCGUUUUAUUUCUCAAAUCCACUCAUGUCCAGGCACAGGUCGUGAUAGUCCCUGCGAGCGAUGUGCCGCGUCCAGCCUCCAAACAGGGCACUCAGUCAGGGAUUGAUACCAUUGUGAUAGGUAGUUGCAAAAUAGCGGUUAAUAGAUUGUGUCCCGAUCCCGAUGUGACGUUUUAUUUGUAUUCGAAGAAGUUUCAAGAAGAGCCGGAACCUGUGAGAAUCGGUGGUGAGCCUGGCAAUUCGAAUUUGAGUUCGACGACGUUUGAUCCAAGUCUUCCGACGAAAAUUGUUAUUCACGGAUAUAACUCCGACCGGAAUUUGAACGUUUUGAUCGAAAUCAAAAAACAAUAUUUCAACCGCACAACCGACUUGAACAUAUUCUUCGUGGACUGGUCGUCCCUUGCCGCAGGUCCUUGUUACCCGGCUGCCGUGUGGAACACGCGCCAUGUGGGCGAAUGCACUUCCCAAUUAGUCGACCGAAUAAAGGAGCUAGGAGCCAAAAACAUCCACCUGAUCGGUUUUAGUUUAGGCGGCCAGUUAACAAACUUCGUCGCUAACGCCCUUCGCCCGUACAAAGUUUCCAGGAUUACAGGACUCGAUCCUGCCGGUCCCGGUUUCCUAACAGCGGGCCCCGAAAACAAAUUAGACAAAGGCGACGCCGAAUUCGUCGACGUCAUCCACACAAACGCUUUCGUGCAAGGCAUUGUGGAGGAGAGCGGCCAUGUCGACUUUUACAUAAAUGGGGGCGUGAUCCAGCCCGGAUGUUGGGCAGAGAACAGAUUUUUCGCUUGUAAUCACCACCGAGCGCCCUUGUACUUUGCCGAAUCAAUCACAACACAAAUGGGUUUUUGGGGGUGGCCGUGCCCGUCUUACACCGAGUACUUAAUAGGGAGGUGUCCGCCCAAAGAGCCCCAGAUCAUAAUGGGCGAGUUCGUCAACAGGACGUCCAGUGGAGUCCACUUGGUUAUAACCGAUUCGGUUUCACCGUUUGCUGUGGGGAAAUUCACAGGACCGGCGAUUGAAAUAUUCGUCAAGUCGGAACUAAUAAGACGGGAUAUUUUGGAAAAGUAUAAGAAAGAUGUUGAGAAUUUUAUCGAUGAGGACGAUGUGGUUGAAAGCUUGUACGAACACAGCCGUUUGAAAAAUGAACACAGUAAAAAGAAAAGUGAAAACAUCAUCGACAGCGUUUCGGCAGAGGUUGAUUUAAUUUAGUGUAAAUUGUUAUAUUGUGCUUACAAAUAAAGAAAUAAUAUAUUUUUUUUAAA